AUGGGCAACAAUUUUAGUAGCACUCCAAAGUUCACUUCGGCGACUUCGGCGACUUCGGCGGCAAGCAACAGCGGUUCAAGCAACAAUUCAGAAAGCAAUAGUUCAAAAAACAAGCCAAUAAACGAUAGUUUAACUUGGUAUAAUAAAAUCAAAGAUAAAUUAAAAGACGGGGAAGUUUGUAAUUCAUUUAAAGAGGAGGGGCUUGAUGAAUUGAUACUCAGUCUUGGGGAUGAGACAAGAUUUCUAAAUCGAUAUCUCAGGCUUGAUGAUAAUCAUUUGAAACAAAUCACUAAGGAUUUGCGGAAAUUAGAUGACAUUCAAAAAAAUAGAAAUAUUACAAGCGAGGAAGAACUAAGGAAAUCUGAUAAAUUCAAUGUUUAUUUAUUUAUUAGUAAGCUUUCAGAUAAUCGUUCCGACAGCCCAUUUCUUCGAUUUUUAGCAAAUUCUCUGUUUAAAAACAAAUAUGGAAUGUUUCACGUUGGAUUAGAGAUAAAUGGAAUUAUUUUAGAAUGGGGCACUGGUGACGCUGGUCCUCAUCUUAUUUAUCCAAGGGUCAACACAGAUCGAUUAUAUGAGAAGAUUGCACAUAUUCGCGUCUCAUAUUUUAGUCAAGAAUUUAACCUCUUAGACGCAAUGAGAAAGUUACUAUUUUUUGAACCAAAUAUUGGCGUUGUUCCUUCAAAAAAAUUACAAAUAAUUGCACAAAAAUGUGUUAAUUGGAAUAAGAAUUUUUAUUACAGUCCAUUAUCUCGUAAUUGCCAACAUUUUAUUGAUGAAAUGCUCGAAGCACUUGAUCUAAAAUUCAAUCCUGAAGGCGAGUUUGAAAAGUUUCUGGAUAGAAUUAUCAAGAAUACAGAUGAUAGAUUCUUGUUCCAAGAGAAACAGUUUUUUUCGAGACAAGAUCUCGACCAAUUUGCUAAUCAGAAUUGGAUGAAGAUCUCAAAUUUUUGGGAUCAAAGAUUACUUUUAUGUUAUUCGGAUAUGAUGAAUAAUAUGUAUGAGAAUAAUCAUGACGAAAAAUGGGGUCCUAUAAAAAACAAAUUAGAAUGGGAUGAAAGAGAAUAUGCACUAGUGAGAACAGAUUAA